AACGUGGGCGGGAACCGCUACCUCCUGCCGUGGAGCACGCUGGACGACUUCCCGCUGACCCGGCUGGGCCGCCUGAGGUUCUGCAGCAGCUACGAGGAGAUCGUCCAGGUCUGCGACGACUUCGACGAGGACACCAACGAGUUCUUCUUCGACCGCAACCCCGGCGCCUUCGGCAUGAUCGUCGGCUUCCUGGCGGCCGGCAAGCUCCGCCUCCUGCGGGAAACGUGCGCCCUCUCCUUCCAGGACGAGCUGGCCUACUGGGGCAUCGAGGAGUCCAACCUG